AUGUCAGGCAUCUGGGAGUCACUCAUUAAAGAGUCCGCUCAGAGCCGGCGAAGAGAAAGAACUCGCCUGAGUCACAACUCCGUGGCCAUGCUCGGCCCAGGCCCCGCCCCGCUGGUAACCCCACAGGUGGGGCGGGGCCGGAUGGGUUUCCCCGCAAGGAGCCCUGUUUCCCCGCCAUCAGGAGGGCAGGCGUGCAGCCGCCGCGAGGGGGCGCCGCAGAGCCUGGAGGCGACUACCAGAGGUGCCAUGGCGUCUCCGGGUGUCUUCCAGAGCGGCAGCGGCUCGCUGGGCCUCCUGGUCUGGCUCCUGGCCCUUCAACCUUGGCUCAGUGAGGCCCUGGUGGGCGGGGAGGGGGCGCUGGGCAGGUCAGCUCUGCCCUCACCCUCUCCACCUACCUCGGGAGGCAGCCGCAAGGACCCCGGAGCACGCCGUUGGAAGCUGCCUCCUCCAGGAGCCCCGGGAACUUCCGGGGCCCCUGAGUCCCGUAUGACUUCGGUAGCCCCCAAUUUCGUGGCGUUUACCUUAAGUGACUCUGACUCAUACAAGGAUGUGACACCCCCACAGGCCCCAGGAGUGACCAAAAAACCCGCCUUUCCUUCAGCGUGUGGCCGUCGGACUUCGAGGGUGACUGGUGGAAGGCCAGCCGCAGAGAAGAAGUGGCCGUGGCAGGUCAGUCUGCAGAUCCAUCAAAAACACAUAUGCGGGGGCUCCCUCGUUGCCCGUCAGUGGGUGUUGACCGCGGCCCAUUGCAUAUUUGGCCACGUGGAAUACACCGUGAAGAUGGGAGACAUACAUUUGCCGCACACCUCCCCAAUGGCAGUCACGGUCCCAGUCCGAGACAUCGUUAUCCACAAAUAUUUUAAUCCUGUCGGAGUGAUCGAAAAUGACAUUGCCCUUGCUCUGCUUGCCUUCCCUGUGAAUUUCUCCGCGAGUAUCCAACCCGUGUGCCUCCCUGAAAAGGCUUUCAUGGUCCAAGCUGGUACAGAGUGCUGGGUGACUGGAUGGGGAAAACUAAGGGAAAAAGACACAUCACCAGAUUCUCCAGAACAACUUCAGGAGGCUGAGCUAAGCAUUCUUCGCUAUGAGGCUUGUAAUGAGAUGCUCAAAGAAAAGAUGGAAAGUCACUUAAAUAUGGUCAAGGAGGGGACUGUCUGUGGCACCAGCACCAGUGGAAAGGAUGCCUGCCAGGGAGAUUCUGGGGGUCCCCUGGUCUGCGAAUUUAAUAAUUCAUGGGUCCAAGUGGGGAUCGUGAGCUGGGGCAUUGGCUGUGGUCGCAGCGGGUAUCCAGGAGUUUAUACAGAAUUUCUGAGUCUUGGACUAGCACUGCCUCUGACCUCUGACUCCUCAAUCCCUGUCCUCACUUUCAUUUGGAAUCCACUGGCCGUGUGGAGCUCCACAUGACUGAGAAAUGAAAGCAAGAAGCCUUGAAAGUUCCCCAGCCUGCUGCUCCAGGAAAAUACCACUUCCAAAUAAACCUGGGUUGUGCUAGCCUGCUGAGGAGUGGCUGAAACAAUCCCAGCUGGAUGGACAGUGACCUGCCAGGUGAUGCUUCAUGAAUCUAGGACAACAUCUUCACAUCAUCCCUAGCAGCAGCAUUAUCUGACAUUUUAUCACAUCAGUAAACAUGGUGAUUGUUGGGAUAGAGCGAGGCCUCACCACGUCCACAUGUGACUCAGUAGUCUGGGUUGGUGAAAGGUCCCCUGCUUCCCGAUGUGGAUCCAUCUGUGAGGGUCCAGCUUCUGCCACACAAGCCUUCCUGGGGCAACUCAGUCUUGGAACCCCCUUCCCAGAGCUCCAGUGGCCACAUCCAGGCUCACCCCAAGUUGUGUUGAGACAUCAAGGAGGGUGGAGAUUUCUGAUGUCAACUCAAACUCAAUAAAUGCUUAGAGUCUCUUA